GAAGCUGCUUUAAGAACAUUCCACAUAUCAGAUGAUCCACAGAAUUAUUACAUAGCAGAGGCUGUGGAAAAAGAGAAUGAGGAGCGCGAAUUGGACGAGGUGGAACCUCUGCUUGGUCGUCAACUUCGCACCGAAGGCAAACGACCGUCCAUUUUCCUGCGGUAUAAGGAGAGAGACCCAGACCAGGGCUAUAUUAGAGUGUAUCCUGGAGGUCUAAGGAAUAAUAUGGGUCCCAAGAAUAUCCCUGUCACCAAGGAGACCACUGCUGUGGAGGUGAUCCAGAUGGCACUGGGGAAGUUUGGAGUGGAGAUGACGGACCCGGAGCAUUAUGAACUCAUCGAGGUGCUGCUGGACAGAGGGGUGGCGGAGAGGAGGAUGGAGGCCAAAGAGAGGCCAUGGCAGAUUAUACAGCAAACCAGGAAGGAGUCGCUGCGUCAGAACCGCAUGACGCGAUUCUAUAUCCAACAGCAGGAGGAUCCCCAUGGCCCCACUGUGGCCCUGUUUGUGGGGAAUUUACCCAGCGGUUUGUCGCAAAAACAGUAUGAGAAGAUUCUAAUCGAUAAUCUGGGGAAAGGAAAUCGUUGGACAGAUAUAGAUGUGAUCUAUUAUGAGUAUGGGUCAGUGGUGCUGACAUAUAAUUCUACUGAGGAAGCUACCAGUGCUUUCAGUCUGCUUAAAAAUGCAAUCUUUGAUGAAAAACAGCUCCUAGUUCUUCUACUGCCCAAUAUACAGCCUCAUAUGAUCCCAGAGAAUGUCAUUCCUUUAUUGGUGUUUGUGAAUGUAAAGAGUGGGGGCUGUCAGGGUCUGGAACUGAUCCGUUCCUUCAGGAAGCUACUCAAUCCACACCAAGUGUUCAAUUUAGAAUAUGGUGGACCUCUACCAGGGUUGUAUGUGUUCCGUAACAUCCCGUACUACAAGAUUCUGGUGUGUGGCGGUGACGGCACCGUGGGAUGGGUGCUGUCCUGUCUUGACAAUGUGGGCCAAGAUGCUGUAUGCCAGUCACCUCCCAUGGGGAUAGUUCCACUGGGCACAGGUAAUGAUUUAGCUCGAGUCCUGCGUUGGGGUCCAGGCUACACUGGCGGUGAAGACCCUCUGAAUGUACUCAGGGACGUGAUAGAGGCAGAGGAGAUACAGUUAGACAGGUAA